AUGGCAAACCACAAGGCAGGUAAUAAGAAGAACUCCAAAGGGGAAGUCGAACUGGCGCCCCAGCAGGGGCGAUCGCUGCAGCAGCGUGGCGGUCAGAAACUUCCGGAACCUUCCAAGGCAGCGGAGAAGGCGUUGACACAUCCGUUUCUUGGCCGAGAGCUGCGGGUGGAGCUGGUGGACCGUCGCAUUCUCGUCGGGACCCUCAUCGCGUACAUGGGACUUGGCGACCUGCUGCUGCAGAACGCGGUGGAGCAGCGUCGUUAUGCCGACGGCGAAUUGAGUUGGAGACCACUUAAUCUGGUGGCGAUUCCGCUGAAGCACGUCACGGCGAUGCACCGACGACUGCCGGACUGUGAGCCCAUCACCUUCGUGGAGGGCUGA